UGCGUACACGCCACGCCUACUUUUGAAUACCAGGAAGUGGUACACUGCACUGUUUUUAAGUAGAAUGAGCUCAGUUGUGGUUAAACGCAAAACUUCAGUGUUUUACUCAAAGCUUUUAUUUUCUGGCAACAUUGUCUGAGAGGAUCCGGGGAGGGUUAACUAAUUCGCCGCGAUUGUAUGAGUUUUAUUAUAGUGUUAAGUUUCAUAUAUUGAAUGUUGCUUGUCCGGUUUGUGGACAAACUUUAACUUCCAGCAAGUCAAACAUCCGUCUUAGCAUCAUGAGACACUUUGCUAAUCCAGCUGCUUUGGCUUACUCCAUGACAACGCUUGGUGCUGGCAUGAUGAACAGCAUUUUUAGUUUCUACUAUGUAAAGCUAUUCUUAAAUAAGUACAAAAUAUCAGAGACGGCCUUCCACCAGUCGCAGGUUGUCUUUAUGAUCUGGAAUGCACUGAAUGACCCCUUGUUUGGAUAUUUGCAAGACAACUCGCGUAUGGAGUGUUGCUCACGGAGGAGGCUCUCCAUUUUAUACGGAGCCCCGCUGUACUGUCUGUCUUUCUUGCUGGCGUGGUUCCCGUGGAGGACAUACGAGCCGGAAGACUGGCUGAGCGGCGUCCACCUCAUGGUGACCCUCUGCGCUUUUGAUGGCAUGCUCACAUUCGUGCUGUUAGCCCAGUGCGCCCUCUUCGCAGAAAUCUCCGGUCACCAUCAGAACAGACUGAGGCUGAUUAAAUACAGCCAAGUGGCGUCUCUGGUGGGCUCCUCCAGUGUGCUGUUCUGUGGUCUCGUCUCCGGAAACAUGGACAACUUUGCUGCCUUCCAGGGCUUCAGCGUGGUUGUGGCCAUAUUGGCCUGUGUUUGCAUGCUGUACACGGGCUUCAACAGCGAGAGUCGAUUUGACAGUAAAGCCUCUGAAGAAGAUUCCCAGAGUCCUCAGAAGCCGCCGCUCUCGGUGUCGUCCGUGAUGUCCAUGACCUGGCAGAUCAUUACCAACAGAGACUUCCAGCUGUUCGUAAUCAUGAACUUUUUCCAGGUGUUCAUGGUGGCGUUCUGCAAUAACUUCACCAUGAUUUUUGCAGAGCACCUCAUUCCUCAGGAUGUCCUGCCAUCGCUUGCCAAGAGUGUCAUGUAUGGAGCUGGAUUCAUCUGUCCUCAGUUGUUGGUUUUGUGCAGCCAGAAUCUGCUCCAUAAGUUUGGCUACUACAGACUCAUUCUGAUCACCUUCUACGUGGAGGCCGGAUCUGCUGUGAUCAUGUUACUCCUGGGUCCAGGCAACUACUAUUUCCUUGCAUUGUUCCUCACUUCCAACAUGUGAGU